UCGCGCACAUUUCAGCUAGACCGAAUUUUGUGCACCUGCCCCGACUGGCUCCGGAGCUCAUACUUAAGGAGGCACCCGCAGGUCCUACAAUCGCUGGAGAUCUAUCCUUCCUUCCCAUCUAUAUAUCUAAAAUUGGCUGCACAUCCCUCAGCUCCCUCUGUUCACGUUCGGAUCGGGGCCUGCGAAUUUCGUUUAAAAGUCGUGCUCUUGCUCUGGAGUCCGGAGAUUGAAUCGAACCUGGUCUCGAAUUCUUUCUUGUGUUCUCGAGCUGCGAGAACGAGAGAGAGAGAGAGAGAGAGAGAGAGAUCGAGAGAUACGAGCGCCGGUGAUCGUCCGAGGAGCACACUGAACGAGGCUCAGAGCAGCGCAAUGGCCCCUUACACGCCCGGAGACAAUGGGGGCCAUGUAGAUAUGAAAGUUGGCUACAGCGUCGACGACGGCCGCGAUGCCACCGAGCUCGACGAGCGUCUGCCGCUGCUGCAGUACGCCGAUCUUCAGGACAAGGUCGUCUUGCUGCGAGUCGACCACAACGUCGUGAAAAAAGGAAAAAUUCUGGAUCAGUACCGCGUGGACGUCACUUUGGCAACCAUGUACAACAUUGUCGAGCGUGGCGGAAGGCCGAUCAUCAUGACUCACAUCGGGCGACCAUUCGACAAGAAGACGAAGACCAUUUCGAUGAAGAACGACGAGUCCGUGGAUUCUGUCGUGGCCUACCUCCAGCGGAAGCUGCGUAUCAAGUUCGCCGUGCCGCAGUUCCAUGCGCAUGGCAGCGAAGGCAUCGACGACAUCGACACGUCGAUCAACUGGCUCAUCCACGACUUGCGCUCGCGCAAAAUCGGUGGCAUCUACCUGCCCAACACUCGAUGGUUUGCGGGUGAGGAGGACAAGGGCGAGAAGAUGGAAAGAUUUGUCGUUCAGCUCGCCGGGUUGGCUGAUGUUUACGUCAACGAUGCUUUCGGCUCGUGGCAGUCGCAUGCUUCGACGUACCAUAUCACGAAAUACUUGCCAUCCUAUCUGGGACUCUGCAUGCAGGAUGAGUUGAUGCACGUGAAGGAAGUGUUGAACCCGAAGAAGCCUUUCGUGGCCAUCGUUGCCGGUUCCAAGUACGACACGAAGAUUGGACCUUUGACGGCCAUGUACGAGCGCGUGGACAAGAUCAUCCUCGGUGGUGUCAUGUACAACACUUACCUUUGCGCCAAGUAUGGCGUCAAGAUUGCCGGUGUGGAGGAUUCUGACAUUGAGCUUGCAAAGGAACUCGUGGAAAAGGAUAAGAAUGACAAGAAAGUUCUGGAGUUGCCACACAUCGUCGAGACUGACACUCUAGAGGGUCGUAUCGAGGGCAAAUAUCGAACCAUCUACACGAAGGAUUUCAAAGCUGGAGACUCCUACAAGUAUGUGGUGGACGUCGAUCCAAGUUCAUUCGAAGUUCCAGAAGUCUUGGAAUCACUUCAAGGAGCGAAGACCAUCUUCGUCAAUGCAGUGAUGGGACUCAUGCCCCACUUCAAGCAUGGAACUAGUAAAAUGGAUGAAGUCAUCGACUCGAACAAAACUGCUCAGAAGUUCUUUGGUGGUGGUGACACUCUUCAGGAAUUCAAAAGUUUGCACCCCGGUCUCUACCAUGCAGCACUGGAUAGUGCCAAGUACUACCUUUUCACCGGAGGAGGUACUGUUCUGAAGGUUUUGGAAGAGGGCGAUCCCUUCAAGCUGGAAAACGUCAAAGCCCUCAUGCAAAACGCCGAAACGUUUGGCUAUAAGCCCACAAACGAAAAAUGGUGAACAAGUUGUGAGCCUAGAUUGAGAGCAGCAUGAAAGUAUGAUCUCAAGUUGACCUUUUCAUGGAGUAUCGAGAGGUGACAGUACCUUCUUCUACGUACACAAUCAGCUCAACAACUGGGGAGGACAGAGCAGACUGGCCACAACAUCAGGGAGAAGAUGAGUCUGUUGAAACUUUUUGUAUAUCUCAUCUGAGACACCGAAGACAAGUUCAUAAACUUGAGCUUAGUCCGUCUCCUGCGCGCAUAAAAAACAGAUCUUGACGGGAGGGACAAAAUGUAACGUGUUUGUUCAUACUAUAGAGCCGAAUUGUGUAAAUUUUGUCAUUUCUAUAGAUAAAUUGAAGAGAAGCUAUUUUGCAGUGUAUUCUCUUUAUUUUAUCAACGCCAAAAUAGAAUGUACAUUCAGACACAGCUGUUGGAUGGUACUCACUUGAAAUGCCAUAUUUUUUGGUCCAGCGAACCAUAUGGAUUAUAUGAAGCAACUCUACUACCAACUGCUAUAACAUCUCCACCACCCUAUAUUUGUACCGGCCAUGUGACCUCAUCAUGAUGGACAUCUGAAGAACUGAUUGCGAUGAUUAAGUGUAUUAUAUGAUUG